GGGGGCAAAAGGGAAUCAGUAGCAAGCCAGCAACGUCCAGCUUCACAUUAACUUCCUGAUCAAACAAAGCAAUCAUGUCGACCAACGAAACCAACCAAGUGCUGCAGCGUCUAAACAGCCUAAAAAUCGUGGAAACCCCCAAGGAGCCACGAGAGUUGGGCAGCCGGCAGUGCUAUUCCCUGGACAACAAGAAGUUCUCCAUAGUUCCAGCCACCCCCAGCACUGGAGGGCUUGGAAAGUUCCAAACCGAACUCAAAAAACGCCGCAAAAAUAAAUUUAACCGCAUGUCUACUUACGAGGCCGACAAACAUUUUAUCAAGGCACGCAAAUCAUUGAAUUUCUAAUCAUAAUACGCCUCGAUGUAAUCACCUUAGUCAUAAGCAUCAUUGAUUUUAAAUCGUACAAC